CACAACAAAGACAAAAAAGAGAAGAUAAUAGAAUAUAUCUAGAAUUAAGAUGGCUUUGAAGGUUCCAACUAUUGAUUUUAGAAAGUCAUCAUAGUGGAAAAAAGGAAGUGAAAAAUGGGAUGUAGUGAGAGAUGAAGUUUACAAAUCUUUACAAGUAUAUGGUUGUUUUGAGGCUUUACUUGAUGAAGAUAUUCCAAAAGAAAAACUACAUGAUAAUUAAGUUGAAAAAACUUUUCAACUCUAAUUUGGAAGAAAAAUUUGGAAACAUACAAGAUGUUUAGGAGGUUGCGUGAAGGCUAAUCCUCAUAUGCCACUUCUAGAGAGAUUUGUGAUUAAGAAUGUCUUCACUCAUGGUGUUGUUGAGAAUUUUUCCAAUCUUGUUUGGCCUGAGUGAUUUGGUACUUACUUACUUGAAGAAAUUAUCAGAAUUUGAAGAUAUGAUAAGAAGAAUAAUAUUUGAGAAAUUGGGUUUGGAAAAUUACUUGAAUGAGCAUAAAAACUCAGGUGAUUACUUACUUGGUCUUCUCAAAUAUAGACCACCUAAAGAUGGGGAGAAAAAUAUUGGAAUACCUCCUCAUACUGACAAAAUUAUUUCAAUAAUUUUAAGCCAAGGUGAUCAACAUGUAAAUGGGCUGCAAAUUAUGGACAAAAAUGGGCAAUGGUUUGAUUUUCAAUACUCAUCACCUCAUUCAUACUUAUUCAUUAUCGGUGACUGUCUGAAAGCAUUUACGAAUGGCAGGCUGCGUGUUCCCUUUCAUCAAGUGAUAAUGGGCAAUGAAGAGAGAUAUGUUGUGAGUUUGUCCAUAUUUCCUAAAGAAGAACAUAUCAUUAAAGUCCCAGAGGAACUUGUUGAUGAAGAUCAUCCUUUGCUUUACAAGCCCUUUGAUGGUUCCAAAUAUGUUUCAUAUUUUGUCUCAGAGGCGAACCGCAACAUUGGUGUUACUCUUGAGAGCUACUGUGGUGUCUCAGCCAACACUCCGAACUUAUGCUGAUACUGAUAGUUUAUCGUGGCGUGGCGUCCUCUCCUAGUUAUAAUAUAAGUCCCGCCCAUCCAUCUUGUAAUAGUUCUAAGCUACUAUUUAUCUUGUGUAUUUGAGAGUACUUAUGAUGUCUCAGUCAACGUUUCAAACUUGUUUUGAUGCUGACAGUUUAUUAUAGGGCUCUGGAUCUCCUUAUUUGGCC